AUGGAAACUUCAGGAUCAAGAUCAACGUUGCCUACAUCAGAACCCAGAUCGACAACGCUUACUUCAGAAGGCAGAACGGCGAAGAACUCGAACUCCAAACCAAAGACAAUAACUUCAGAAGCUAAAUCAACGACGGUAACUUCAGAAGCAAGAAGACCAUCUUCGAUAACAUCAGAAUCCAGAGCAACGAUGACAACUUCAGAAGCCAAAUCAACAGCGAUUAAUCCAGAAGACAGACCAACGACUGAAACUUCAGAAGCCAGGCCAAACACAAUAAAUACAGAAAAAUCGACCAUAAGAGCUCUGACUUCAAAAAUAGCUUGUUCAACCGACUGGAACUAUGUUUUCACUGAAAUCAAGAACGACAAGAAGUGUAAACUAUACACCGACUUGUUUGAGGUUAGUUUUUUGUUGUAGAUUACUAAGUAAUACAAACUUGUUUUUAAAAGUAUAUUGUAAUAAAUUUUACAUUAUUAAGUGCCGACAUAAAGAACCCGCCAUUUUUAACAGGAACUUACAGGAAAAGUAUGGCGGGUUCUUUAUGUCGGUACCUAAUACAUUGCACAAUAUUUAUACGGUACGAAAAAAGCAGACAUGUAACUUUUUAAAGCUGAAAUUUUUUUUUUAAAUUAAAAAAUACUUUAUUAAUCGUAAUUUACAAAAUUAAAUUAUACACAAUACAUAUUUAACAUCUUAUUAUGUUUUAGAACGCAUACCCUGUUUACAUUGAAUAUAACAAUAUGCUGACCAAAGUCUAUGAUGAAUUUGCUGAACUGAAGAAAGCAUACAAAAAUGCUGAGCCUGAGGAUAAAGUUGAGGUAAUUACUUUAUAAUUCAGUUGCUAAAAACUGUGUAACAGAACUUUUGGCGCACUUUGUAAACUCAAUUAUUAAUUAAUAUAUUGUGCUAACAAAAAGUUAAAAAAACGUUAAAAUUCAAAAAUUUUUAAAUUUCAUACAAUGAUGUACGAUGUAAUUUGCUUUUUUUUAGAAAUACGUGAAGCUUCAGCAACUUCAUGAAAGAUACGAAUCAGAUGCGGAUUUUUACAAAUGCCGUCAAGAUCACCAUGAGCUCCAUUCCAAAUUGGAAGCCUUGAGAAAACGGAUUGUAGAGUAUAAUCAGAAGCAAUGA